GGUGUUGUAAAUUGACUACAUAAAGAGAGGUGUGCUAUCCAGUUGAGUUAUUUAGUAUAAGAAUUGAUAGUCUGUAAGUAAUCUCAAUUGGCAAAGUAUGAUGGGAGUAACCACUGUUUCAAGCUUUCUGUCUCUGCUCUUUCUAAUUCUCUUGGCUCUCGUAAAGUUCUUUGACAAACUAUGGUGGACUCCAACUCGCAUACAGAAGCGGAUGGCUUCGCAGGGAAUCAAAGGUCCUUCGUACAAACUCAUCUACGGAAACGGCAAAGAGAUUACCAGCAUGACGAAGGAAACUAUGAGCAGGCCCAUGAGUACUUCAUCUCAUGACAUAUCUUCUUAUGUUCUUCCUCAUGAUCAUUUGUGGACUAACAUCUAUGGGAAGAGUUUUCUUCAGUGGUAUGGUCCUCAACCUCACUUAACCAUCGGGGAACCCGAGUCGUGCAAAGCAAUACUAAGCAACAAGGAUAGAAUUUGUCGAAAACCAAAACCCCCGUACUUUGUGAAAAAACUGUUCGGAGACGGCCUUCUGAUGGCAGAAGGUGAAAAAUGGGUAAAAUUAAGAAAGCUUGCCACCCAUGCCUUCAAUGGAGAGAGCUUAAAAAGUAUGAUUCCUGAAAUGAUAACCAGCACUGAGGUAAUGCUAGAAAGGUGGAAAAAUCAUGAAGGCGAGGAGAUUGAGGUGAAUGAAGAAUUUAAGUUGUUAACCUCAGAAGUGAUUUCUAGGACAGCAUUUGGCAGCAGCUACUUGGAAGGGAAGAACAUUUUUGAAAUGUUGACGGAGUUGGCCUCCUUAUUAUUCAAAAAUACUUACACAUUCCGGCUUCCUGGCAUCAGUAAGUUCUAUAAACCCAGCGAUGAGAUCAAAUCGGAUAAGCUUGAGAAAGGAAUACGCGACUCCAUAGCAGGGAUGGCUAGCAAAAGAGAAAAGAAAGCAAUGACCGGAGAAGGAGACGGCUUUGGGAGUGAUUAUCUUGGACUACUUUUAAAAGCCCACCACAAUGCCAUCGGAAACGAGAGGAUCUCGAUGGAUGAAUUGGUUGACGAGUGCAAGACUUUUUACCUUGCUGGACAAGAAACCGCAACCAGUAUGCUUUCUUGGACUGUGUUUCUUCUGGCACUUCAUACAGAUUGGCAGGAGGAAGCAAGGAAGGAAGUCUUACAAUUGUUUGGCAAACAAACUCCAAAUCCUGACGGCAUUGCCAAGCUUAAGCUUAAAACAAUGAGUAUGAUCGUCAAUGAGUCUUUAAGGUUAUAUCCUCCUGUCAUUCACCUCAUACGGGAAACGGAAAAGGAAGUUAGACUGGAAGAGCUCAAUGUUCCUGCUAAUGUUCAAUUGCGGGUGUCAAAUCUAGCAUUUCACCAUGAGCCUGAAUUCUGGGGACAAGACGCCCAACUUUUCAAACCAGAGAGAUUCUCAAAAGGUGUCUCUAAGGCUACUAACAAUAACAUGGUCGCAUUCAUACCCUUUGGAAUGGGACCUCGAACUUGUGUGGGCAUGAACUUCGCAAUCAUCGAAGCAAAGAUUGCUCUGUCCAUGAUUCUACAACGCUACUCCUUCACUCUUUCCCCGAGCUAUAUGCACUCACCCAUUAACGGCCUAGCCGUUAGCCCACAGCAUGGAGUUCAAGUUAUACUACACUCACUUUGAUCUUGUAAUAUUGUGUGUUUUAGAAUUUAGAUUGUGCAAAGACGGAAGAAUAAACAUGUGAAAUUCCAAAAUUCAAUAUGCUUAAUUUCAAGCUCAGUAUCAAUACUUAAGACUAGUCGUAAUUGUUAUGUAUUCCAAUCUGAAAAUAAUUUGAAGCCCAGUUUCAAUACUCAA